CAAAGAAUAUUCUGGACAUGUCAGAUUCGCUGGGAACGUCUUCCGGCUGCUUGAUUCAAGAUUUACACUGCCUGUCAUUCAUUGUUAGAUCUGAGUAAAACACAUUUUAAUGUGAAUAUUUGCAAUGCAGGCUCUCACACCUCACGUGUACUGGGCACAGCGGCAUGGGGAGAUAUACCUGCGAGUGGAGAUCAGUGAUGCACAGAAUCUCACUAUUGGUGUAGAAGAGAACAUCCUUCACUUCCGAGGUCAAGGGCAUGGAGCGAAAGGAGAAAAUGAAUACGAAUUUAGCCUGGAAUUCCUAAAACCGGUUAAGCCUGAGGUGAAGCACAAAUCCACCCAGCGGCAGGUGAAUAUCACGGUAAAGAAGCAGGAGCACGUCUGGUGGAAUCGCCUCACUAAGCAGGAGAGGAAGCCUCUGUUUUUAGCACCCGAUUUUGACCGCUGGCUGGAUGAGUCAGAUGCAGAAAUGGAGCUCAGAGAGAAGGAAGAGAAAAUAAACAAAGUUAGCGUCGAGUCAAGGGUUCGUAAGGACCCUUAUCUUGGAUUGAAAAAGGGUUUUCUCUUUAUGUACAACUUGGUCCAGUUCCUCGGCUAUUCAUGGAUCUUUGUCAACAUGACUGUACGUCUGUUCAUACUUGGGCAAGAUUCUUUCUACGACACGUUUCACACCAUUGCCGACGUGAUGUACUUCUGUCAGAUGCUGGCAAUAAUGGAAGUUAUCAAUCCUGCUGUGGGGUUGGUUAAGACUGGAGUCAUGCCUGCUUUCAUUCAGGUGAUGGGGAGAAACUUCAUCCUUUUUGUCAUAUUUGGUAGCUUAGAGGAUAUGCAGAACAAGCCAGUGGUCUUCUUUGUCUUCUAUCUGUGGAGUACGAUUGAGAUAUUCAGGUAUCCUUUCUACAUGUUGGCCUGCAUUGAUACCGAAUGGAAGUUGUUGACUUGGUUGAGAUACACCAUAUGGAUACCGCUGUACCCUCUUGGAGUGCUAGCUGAAGCCGUGGCGGUGGUCCAGUCCAUCCCAAUCUUUGACGAAACCAAACUCCUCAGUAUUCAUUUGCCUAAAGCCAUCGGUUUCUCGCUCAGCUUUUCCUACAUCCUGCAGCUCUACCUGGUGCUAAUGUUUCUGGGCCUCUUCAUCAACUUCCGCCACCUGUUCAAGCAGAGGAGGAGACGGUUUCGCACAAAAAAGAGGAAAGCAAACUGAGGGAAAGGGGACCACAUGCUCUAUUCCUCUUAUCUCUCUUUUCUUUGAUUUAAUUUGCACCUCCCUUUUCUCUCUUUAUAUUUUCCCUCUUGUCACUGAGAUUCAUUAUUGAGGCAAAACCAUGUCAAGUGCAUUUAAUUUCUACAUACUGAAAAUUAUUAUUAUAACACUACAGAUUCUUACCAAAAGAAUUCUAACCAGAACCAUGAAGGUAUUUAUACAUUUCAUGUAUGUUUGGUGGUUUUGUGUUGUAGAUUAGCUGUGUGACAGGCUUACUUGACUGAAACGCAGAAACAUUUUCUUCAUGUCAAUCCCUGAGAUGUGUUGUAACAGUCAUUUCUGUUGGCACAAAGAAACAACAAGACAGACCAUGAACCUCAGGGAAAACCUCAUAAAACAUUCAAGUUACAUGGGAAGAGUCAAUUCAGUGUCAUUGGAUGUGGGAUCUGGACAUGAAUGUGUAAAUGCAAAUGAAAACGUUUAAUUAAAUUUCAGUGAAACAAAA